AUGUUUGUUCAACACGCCAAAUUUCGACCUCUGAUACGAGUCACAGCAAUACAACAGCGGCAACAAACGAGUGCUGCCAGUGUCAAUGUUGCAGAAACAGAGGCAACCGAGUCGAAGCGAGUGGAGUGGGAUGAGGCACGCCCCUAUAAAGCUAUACCCAAGGUGAGCCUGGCGUACUUUGUGGGCAACAUGCUGCCCGGUGGGAAGUACUACAAAAAGGAAUUUGACAGUAUCAUGGGUGAUCUGACAAAGCGCAAAGGCACUCUCUAUAGACUGCCGGGCAUCAUGGGAAAGGAUGAGAUGCUUGUAUCUAACGAUGCGAGUCAUUUCGAGCGCGUUUUCCGCGUUGAAGGACCUUGGCCAGAGCGACAGGGCAGCGCGAUCGUGGAUUAUCACCGCAAUAAGUAUCAAAAGGAUUUCUACCAGGGCGUUGAAGGCCUCAUAGCCACUCAAGCAGAAGUAUGGUCAAAGUUCCGAUCCGCAGUCAAUCCCGUCAUGAUGCAGCCCAAAACAGUGCGUCUAUAUUACCAAAAGAUGUCGAAUGUGAACAAGGAAUUUAUUCAGCGCAUUCGAGAUAUACGCGACAGCACAACCUUUGAGGUUCCCGAUACCUUUGAAGAGGAAAUCAAUCGCUGGACACUGGAAUCAGUUUCUGUGAUUGCUCUGGAUAAGCAAUUGGGUUUGAUCAACACAAAUCGCGAUAAUCCACGCGCCAAGCUGCUCUUCGAGAAUCUGACCGAUUUCUUUGCUCUUGCUGCUGAUAUUGAAAUCAAACCUUCAUUGUGGCGGUAUAUUCCCACACCCGGUUUCAAGAAAAUGAUGAGAAUCCUUGACAAUAUCCAGGAAGUUACUGUCAGCUACGUAAACGAAGCUUUGGAGCGCUUGGAACGCGAGCCAUCCAACAAACCAGAACAUGAGCAGAGUGUACUGGAAAAACUGCUGAAGAUUGACAAAAAGGUGGCCACUGUCAUGGCCAUGGAUAUGCUGAUGGCUGGCGUGGAUACAACCACAACGACCUUCACUGGUGUGCUGCUGUGUCUAGCCCAGAAUCCUGAAAAGCAGGCAAAGCUGCGCGAAGAAGUUCUGCGCGUUUUACCCAAUAAGGAUUCCGAUUUCACUGAAGCUUCCAUGAAGAAUGUGCCCUACUUGAGAGCUUGCAUCAAGGAGGCUCUUCGUUUUUAUCCCUUGACUUCGGGAAAUAUACGAGUGACCAAGUCGGAUGUGAUUAUAGAUGGUUAUCAGAUUCCAAAGGAAACGGCUGUGAUAAUGUCCUUCCUUGGCUUCAAUAAAGAUGACAGUCUAUAUCCCAGGAGCAAGGAAUAUCUGCCCGAACGUUGGCUACGCCAGUCCAAGACAGAAGCUACCGAAGGCAAAUGUCCUGUUGACCUUAAAACCACCAAUCCUUUCUCCUACUUGCCCUUUGGUUUUGGUCCUCGCAUGUGCGUUGGCAAAAGGAUUGUCGAAAUGGAAUUGGAGUUGGGCAUCGCUCGACUUAUUCGCAACUAUAAUGUCGAGUACAAUUACUCCAUGGAGAAGCCGUUCAAGAAUCUGCUCAUUAAUGUACCUUGCAUUCCUCUGAAAUUCAAAUUCACCGAUGUAGAAAACUGA